AUGCACGCAUCCAUGAAUCCAUUGACGCCGGGCAGACAUCGUCAUUCAUGCACACUCGAAACCAAAAUACAACAAAAUGCACGCCUCGAUCUGCAUAGCAACGGGGAACGAGACGACAAUGACGGUAGAGAUGGUGCUGAUGCUGCUGCUGCUGCUGAUGAUGAUUCUGAUGCUGAUGAUGAUGCUGAUGAUGAUGCUGAUGAUGAUGCUGAUGGUGGUGAUGGCGAUGAUGGUGGUGAUGACGAUGGUGGUGGUGGUGAGGAUGUCGACGGAUCAUGCUGCUGGCAAAUCUGCUCUGCCAGUCGGCAUUCCCUUGCUUGCUACUUGGGGAGCCGUGGCACGUUUACACACAACGCAUCGACGACGACAUGA